GCUACGUAGUUCAGUCGUUUUUAAACCGAUCACCAUGAAAUACUUUGCUGUUUGCGCCCUCCUUAUCCUGCCGCUGGUCAGCGGUGGAUUCGCGCCACCCACCAGGCACUUUGUGGCCUACGAGAUCCAGUCCACGCACAAUAUGCCCCAGAUGGAUGCCAUCUUCCAGAAGAUGCAGGCCAUGCUUCAGAACAUGAUUCCGGAUAUGUCCGUCAGGACUGACGCCGGUGAGUUGCCCGAUAUGUCGGUGGCCACUGACGCCGAUCCGACCCCCAGGAGGCGUUCCGCCGAGUUCAAGGUCGCCCCAGUCACCAAGUUUGCCCAGAUUCCCGAUAUGUCAGUUCAGGCUGACGUCGACCUAAUCCCAGACAUGUCUGUGGCCACCGAUGCUGACAACACUCCCGAACGCGCCUCUAUUGGCCUAAUGAAGCCACUGUUGGACAGGAUCGCCGGCGCCAUUGCCAGCGUGGAUGCCGAUCUGAUUCCCGAUAUUUCCGUUGCCUCCGAUGCGGAUGAGGCCCCCAGGAAACCCGUCGCUGGCCUGAGGACUCUGCCCCUGUUCACCAAGAUCUCCGGAGGCGAGCCAGUGGAGCCCAUGAUCCAUGCCGAUGCUGAUUUGAUUCCCGAUAUCUCGGUGGCCUCCGAUGCGGAUGUGAUCCCCAAGGAGGCUGUUGCCGGUCUCAAGACCCUGCCCCAGUUGACCAAGGUCUCCGGAGCAGAGCCCGUGGUGCUUGAAGCCCAAGUUGAUGCCGAUCUGAUUCCGGAUAUUUCCGCGGCUUCCGAUGGCGAGGACAAGAUCGCCAAGCAGCUGCCCGAUAUCUCCGUGGCCAGCGAUGCCGACUUCGAUCCCAAGGAGACCUUGGCUGCUAUUUGGCAAAGCUCCACUAACUGACUCAGGAAUCCGUCAGCAGACCCUAAUUAAAUCGAAAAACAUCCGUAUCUAACUGGUUGUGUGUUAUUGUAUUUUUAAGUUUUUAUAUUUUUGGCAAUAAUCAAUUUUUGAGAAGAGCGCA